AUGAUUCUGAAGAUUGUUCUUCUGGCCACCUUCCUUGUUGCAGUUAAGGGAGUAGUUCCUUAUUCUUCUCUAACUACGCCUGUUUUCCAUCAAGCUCCUAUUGCAGCACCAGCACCAAUUGCUAUUGCUAAAACUGCCACUCCUGUAGCUAAAGCAGUAAUUACUGAAGAAUAUGAUCCUCAUCCACAAUACUCUUUCGGAUAUCAAGUUGAAGAUAGCUUAACAGGUGACAGCAAGAGUCAAAGUGAAACCAGAAAUGGCGAUAUUGUACAAGGUUUCUACUCUCUAACCGACCCCGAUGGUACCAGACGUACUGUUAACUAUGUAGCAGAUCCAAUAAACGGUUUCAACGCAGAAGUACAUAAAGAACCACUCGAGGCAAAAGCAGUUGUGCAUGAGCCAGCUCUUCAAGAGUUUCGACACCUUCCUCAUAGCGGUCCAAUUUCUUAUAUUAACUCUGUAUAUGCUUAG